AUGAGGAACACUGCCGACUCCGCGGGAGAAGACGAUUAUUGGCUCAACUAUGUGUUCCUUCCAUUCAUCGUCCUUACACUGAGUUGGAGUGUUCGGUCGCAAAUGAACAAGCUUUCCGGCAAUCUUUUUGCAGCUGCUGAGAGCCGUCCGGUCACUGCGAUGGUUCCACCGAAAGGAAAAAGAAGCUCUCCCUUUACUCCAAAGCCCAUGAACGACUUGGAUGGCGCACCACUACAGCAAAGAACUCGUUGGUGGGCCUUGGAGAAAUCGCAGAUCAUCCAAUGCUGCAUUGUGCAGGGGUUUCUGGUCUUGAUUCUGCACAGAGUAGGACUCCUCCUGACCAGGCGUGUGCAGAAGACGAACAGUGUCACGGAGCAGACGCUCGGUAUGGCUCUGUUCUCUGUGAUUGUUGCAUUCGUGGUGUCGUCGGGCGAUGCAACUCAGCAAGCAUGGAAAGCCUUGGUGCGAUCUUCUAGAGGCCACAACCACAAUGGACGCCAGCUACCUACACAGCCUGAUCAGACUGAUGGCGUUUCUAACCUUGUCUUGUUCGCCUCGUUUAGCUUGGUCAUUCCUUGGGUCGGGCUGUUGACAUGUUGA